AUGUAUAAACCUUUUUAUGAUGAUCCUGUUAAAACAUACGAGUAUUACAAUUUUCUGCCUGAUGCUCGAGAUGAUUUAAAAGAUAACGACGAUGUUGUGGUCUUGCCUACAGACGCGCGUUAUUUGAGUGACGAGGAGGAAUUGGACGAAGAGCAACUGAUGGCAAAUGGAAUGCCACAAGAUGUUUACGGUCGUUUGUAGCUGUUUCGCCAAAGAUCAGCUAAUGACGAGUUAUGAAGCAGCGACGAAGAGCAUUUGAGUGAAGUGCGAAAACGUAUACAAAUACCUAAAUAAAUCUAAACACGAUUACUUGGACUGGGAUAAAUGCAAUCCUGAAUGAUCCAUUUGGUCUGAGCCGCCACCUUUAUGUGAAAUGAAUGCCAAUAGGGAUAAACUAGUGGAAGAGAUAAAGGAUUUAAAUCCAGUACAACUAUUUGAGCUUUUCUUUGAUGACUCGGUUUUACGGCAUAUUGUCGAUCAGUCCAUGUUAUAUGCAUCUCAAAAUACUCGACACAAGACACGAGAAAUGAAAUCCUUCAUAAAUUCGAACAUUUUCCUGCGAAGCUAGAGAAGCAAUUACGAUGUGCAGUAUGCAAUUCAAGGGUUCGUCAACACUACGUAUUGGACGUGCCUACUUCAAGUUACAUCAUACAAAAUAAACGGUUUCGCCCAUUCUACUCAGAUGAGUACAGAUAUUUUUUUGGUAAAAAUAAUAAAAU